AUGCCUCCCCCGGGCCGCGGGGUGGAGCUGCGACCCCGCCCGGGGAUUUGGGUGUUUUUUUUUUUUUUUUUUUUAAGAGCAGGGAGGGGCGAGGCGGGGAGAGGAGGCGGGUCAGAGCCUGGGAGUGACUGCGCCGCUGAGGUCCGGCCGCGGUGAGACUGCUCAGAGUUCACCCUGGCCCUGCUCAGCCUAGAUGGUGUCGUCCUCUCCCCAACAGAGAAUGACUUUAUCCUCCAUGUCAAGGAGGAACUGGACCGAUUCCUCCUGCAGAAGCAGCUGUCCAGAGUGCUUCUCUUCCCACCCCUCUCAAGUCGCCUCCGGUACUUGAUCCACCGAACGGCCGAGAAUUUCAAACUCCUGAGCAGCUUCUCAGUUGGGGAGGGCCCAAAGAGGAGGACAGUCAUCUGUCACCUGGACACCAGGUUACCGAAUUUGGAUAACUACUUUCCCUCCCACCCGAUCCCUGGCCGCCGGGGCAAGUCUCGAAGGCCCCGGCCCAGAUUAGCCCAGGAACCAGCCUCUGGACCCCGGGCUCCGCGGCAGGUCCGGAGGCAGAGUGGCCGCAAACCUGACCAGGCCCUGUACGUGCCUCGGGCGCUACGCAGGAAGUCUGAGCGAGCUCCGGACCUACUGCCGGUAGAGGCAAAUAUUGGGGAUGGGCGUGGGAACCCAGUUGGAAAGAUCCCAGAAGAACCCAAAGAUGUUGGCAGCGAGGACCAGGGCCCUGACCCUGACCCUGACCCCGGACUCCCCGAUCAGGCAGUGCCUGGAGUGGCAGGAGAUUUAAAAGACCAGAACCAAAUGGUCCCAGGUGAGGCUAAGCCGGACUCAGAUGAGCUGGAUCCCCCUGGCUCCAAGAACCAGGCACAGGAGGCAGACUGCCAGGAAGCAAAGGAUCAGACCAGCUCCAAUCUUCAGAUCCCUUUGGAGGAUAGGAGGAAGACCCUCCCAGUGAAGAGUGUCCAGGAGGAAGAAGCUGGCAGCUCCUCCGAGGAGGAGUCUGAUGAGCUGAUACAGGAGAUCAUGGACAACGUGGUUGACCAAGAGAUUCAGAUUGAGAAGAUCCACUUGAACAGCUGCUAUCUGGCUGAUAACCAGUCAUGGGGGGAGAAUGGCUUUGGCCACGUGGUGGAAAUCUAUGACUUUAAGCCCUCCUUGAAGACAGAGGACCUCCUAGAGGCAUUUUCGGAAUUUCAGGAGAAAGGGUUCAAGAUCCAGUGGGUGGAUGACACUCAUGCUUUAGGCAUCUUUUCUUGCCUAGCAUCAGCAAAUGAAGCCUUGAUCAGGGAUUUCUCAGAACUGAGGAUCCGUCCCCUCACUCAGGGAGCCAGACAGUCCAAGCUCAAAGCCCUCCAGCGUCCAAAGCUCCUGCAUUUGCCCAAGGAACGGCCACAGACCAGCACAGCUGUGGCCCGGAGGCUAGUGGCCCGGGCCCUGGGCCUCCAGAAGAAAUGUAGAGAACAGGCGAAGGCUGAGUCCUCUGCCCAGCCUUGAGUCACCAGGCUUCCCAGUGGAGCAGCCUAGGACCCAAGCUCCAGGGCUCUGGGGGCUGGCCCCCCUUCCACCAGGCCCAAUGACCAGCUCCAGCCAACAGCCAUCACUGAAAGGUCGCCAACCAAGGGUCUGAUGGCCUUGAGUGUAUUUUUAGAUGUUGAGAAGAAAAUUAAAAAUGGCCUGGAUGAAAGUUG